AUGUCCAAAGGGGUUUGUCACAAGGAUUUGGGCAAGUUUGGGGAGGCCAAAAAGCAGUUGAAGCGUUUGCUGACUGAGCACGAAGUUCUGGUUGCAAGUGAUGACCCUGUUCCAGCUUCUCCUGUCAAGGUCGCCUUGGAAAGGCUUCGCUUCUUUUGGGCGGAUCAUGUUGUCGUUCGCAAGUCGAGUUCUGUCAGCCCCAGCAGGCCAAAAAGAAAGCAAAGACGACAACCUGAGACGCCCCGUUCCAUUGCCAGACGCGAUUGGAUGGAAUUGGCCGAGCAUGUCAAGUCGGCACCAGCUUGGCCCCACCGCUCCUUUGCGCGGAGCUCGGUCGCGCAGUUGCGUGUAGGCGAUGAUGGCCAGCUGGUUCGCAUUUGUGGCACCAUCACACGCGCUGGGCCGGUGAAGGCACCUGAGCAGAGGCAGUGUGGGCAUAGCUUCGGCUGUCGCGCGUCCGCCGCCUGUGGAUAUGACUUCGAAGUUCCUCGAGAAUGUCCCGGUGGUCAAAAGCAGACCAAAUGGGAUCCCAAGGCCAAGCGUCCCAAAGUGUCGAAGUGCCAUUCCAAGCUCUUUGCAAGCCUGCCGCAUGAUGAGACGUGCAUGGCUGACUUUCAGGAAAUCCGAGUGCAAGAUGAUAUGCAAGCGAUGGGCGUUGGUGUUGUACCUCAAUCCUGUGCAGUGACCGUCUUUGGCGACCUGGUGGGUGUGGCCCAACCCGGCGACGCCGUAAUGGUGGAGGGUUUGGUCUUCCAAAGAUGGAGACCGACGUGGCAAGGGAAACGUGUGGAGGUCGAAAUGUUCAUCGAAGCGACCAAUGUCGAACGGCUGUCCCGAGAUGCCAGCGACUGCGGCAAAGUGAUGCCUGAAACAGAGGACACUUUUCGGCGCUUCUGGAGCGACUAUGGCCACGACGAAUGGCAGGGUCGCGCCGCAUUGGUGACAAGCACUGCGCCCUGGUUGUCUGGCUUGCCCGUGCCGAAACUGGCGUUGCUGGGCUGA